CCCAACACACGGUUGUACGAGCAGUCGAUCGCGCCAGAAUAUUGUCUUUGCGGUCGUCGAAUCCUCAUAUCGAUUAUUGCUACUUAUAUCGAACUAGAAUCCCUGCGAAGCUGAGAUAAGAAAUCCUUAGGAAGCGUUCACCGUGAACAAUUAUUAACUGCCCUACUUGUAUCUGGAACUGCUUUACCUCUCGGAAAUUGUAACUAGAAACUGAAAUAAAGUUGAGCUCAGCGCUAUGGCGAAGGGUCUAACUAUCAAAGAUGCUAUCAAAGUUUUCGAGGAGCGGAAGGGCGUCGUCGCGACAGAGGCUGAAAAGGUCGAGCUACACGGCAUGAUACCUCCAAUUGAGAAGAUGGAUGCCACGCUAUCCACUCUCAAAGCAUGCAAGCACCUGGCGCUAUCGACGAACAACAUCGAGAAGAUUAGCAGCUUGUCAGGGAUGGAGAACCUGCGGAUUCUAUCCCUUGGGAGAAACCUCAUAAAAAAGAUAGAGAACCUGGACGCCGUGGCGGACACACUUGAAGAGCUAUGGAUUUCCUACAAUCAAAUAGCGAGCUUGUCUGGCAUUGAGAAGCUGGUGAACCUGCGCGUGCUGUUCAUCUCCAACAACAAGAUUGCCAACUGGGCGGAGGUGGACAAGCUGGCGGUGCUGGAGAAGCUGGAGGACGUGCUGCUGGCCGGCAACCCGCUCUACAACGACUACAAGGACAACAACGCGACCAGCGAAUACCGGAUAGAGGUUGUGAAGCGGCUUCCCAACCUCAAGAAGCUGGACGGCAUGCCGGUGGACGUGGACGAGCGCGAGCAGGCGAACGUGGCGCGAGGGGCGUGAUGCGGGGCGGCCCGAGCACGCCAGUUGAAUGCCUCUGACGGCGGCUGUGGCGUGUCAACAAUGCAUGGUGCAUCUUACUCUGCAGCAGGGCCACAGCAAUCCUAUGCGUUACUUGCUUUCCUUUGCCUGCUAUCAGACGGGUCUGCAACCUGGUUACGUCGAGGGUGGGGCAAAGCGACAGCAACCCUACAGCGGAUAUUAGUCAUGGUUGCGUGGGGCAGGCGAGCGCAUGGGCAUAGCUUGGCGGAUGCCGUACUUCGUACGGCACUGAGCUUGAACGGCGUGGGCUGGUUUCCUCCCUGGGUGCCCGGGUGCCCGUAACCAACUUCCACGCGCCUGUCGCACAGGAUGAUAAGAGAUGUGUGGCGCAUUUCAGUUGUACUACUGCUCUUCACUGAACACCUAGUCGUUUCGAGUAAGAAGGGGGCGGCUCCGGCCGGCUGUCACGGCCGUGGAACCAAGGGCAUGCUAAGGUUGUACGAAGGUAGUGCCAGCAGCAGAACGCCUGCCUUCCAAGUUUCCUUGUCGGCGAGUAACACAAGAGGAACAUAUUUAGCUAUAUUGCGUGGACGUGAAUAUUUUUCACGUAGGUUCUGAGUGUUUUCUGGCCUGUAUGCGCCAGUAUGGCAUGUACUCUUUCGUUGCGCGACUUGAAGGUAAUUCUGAAAAAGCAAGCGAGGAUUGACGUAUAAUGAAAUACCGGUAGGGAUGGCAGUGCCUUGGCUACGGCGAUGCUGCCUGUCCUGUGGCAGAAGUCUUCACUUUUGGCCUGAACUUUUCCGAUAGCGCAGCGUCUAAAAUUCUCUGGAGGUAACGUUUUUCUUAAGACGAAAACCAGAGCACCUGGAUUGCAAUGAACGACGGUACCGACAACCCUACCAACCAGCCUCUACUUGAGGCGCCGCUGGAUGGACGUAAAUUUCAUAUCAUAC